AUGCCGGCCCUCCUGCUCCUCGCACUCCUGGCGGCCACCUCGGGCCAGGCCGGGGCGCGCCCGUCCAACGCCACGAGCGCCGAGCCCCCGGGCCCGCUGCCCGCCCUGCUGGCGCACCUGCGGCGCCUCACCGGGGCGCUGACUGGCGGCGGGGGCGCGGCGGGCCCGGGCGCCAACGGCACCAGGACCGGCUCCGCAGGCGGGACGGGUGCCGCGGCACGGGCGCCUCCUCCCGCCGAGCUCUGCCAUGGCUACUACGAUGUCAUGGGCCAGUACGACGCCACCUUCAACUGCAGCACCGGCUCCUACCGCUUCUGCUGUGGCACCUGCCACUACCGCUUCUGCUGCGAGCACCGCCACAUGCGCCUGGCUCAGGCCUCCUGCUCCAACUACGACACGCCACGCUGGGCCACGACGCCGCCGCCGCUGGCCGGGGGCGCCGGGGGCGCCGGGGGUGCUGGCGGGGGGCCAGGGCCUGGCCAGGCCGGGUGGCUGGAAGGGGGCCGGGCGGGGGGACCCGGUGGGCGCGGGGGCGAAGGCCCCGGUGGCAGCACGGCCUAUGUGGUGUGCGGGGUCAUCAGCUUUGCCCUGGCCGUGGGUGUCGGCGCCAAAGUGGCUUUCAGCAAGGCGUCCCGUGCGCCCAGGGCGCACCGUGAGAUCAACGUGCCCAGGGCUCUGGUGGACAUUCUGAGGCAUCAGGGAGGGCCUGGGACCCGCCCGGACCGGGCCCGAAGCAGCUCCCUGACCCCGGGGCUCGGGGGUUCCGACAGCAUAGCCCCCAGGACGCCCAAGAGCCUCUACAACACCGUGAAGCCCUCCAACCUCGAUUGGCGGGCCAUGCCACCGCCCAGCCCCUCCUUGCACUACUCCACGCUGUCCUGCUCUCGGUCCUUCCACAACCUCUCGCAUCUGCCCCCAUCCUACGAAGCCGCUAUGAAAUCUGAGUUGAACCGCUACUCCUCCCUCAAGAGGCUGGCCGAGAAGGACCUGGACGAGGCCUACCUGAAGCGCCGGCACCUGGCCGAGGUGCCCCGCGGAACGCUGCCCCUGCACACGCUGCGGCGACCUGGCACCGGGGGCGGCUACCGCAUGGAUGGCUGGGGCGGGCCCGAGGAGCUGGGCCUGACGCCCGCGCCCAACCCGCGGCGGGUCAUGUCCCAGGAGCACCUGCUGGGCGACGGGGGCCGGGCCUCGCGCUACGAGUUCACGCUGCCACGCGCGCGCCUCGUGUCGCAGGAGCACCUGCUGCUGUCCUCGCCUGAGGCCCUGCGCCAGAGUCGCGAGCACCUACUCUCGCCCCCGCGCAGCCCUGCGCUGCCCCCCGAGCCCACCGCCCGGGCCAGCCUGGCCGCCUCGCACUCCAACCUGCUGCUGGGGCCCGGGGGGCCCCCCACGCCGCUGCACGGGCUGCCGUCGUCCGGCCUGCACGCCCACCACCACCACGCCCUGCACGGCUCGCCGCAGCCGGCCUGGAUGUCCGACGCCGGCGGGGGCGGGGGCACGCUGGCGCGCAGGCCGCCCUUCCAGCGCCAGGGCACGCUGGAGCAGCUGCAGUUCAUCCCCGGCCACCACCUGCCCCAGCACCUGCGCACUGCCAGCAAGAACGAAGUGACGGUCUGA